AUGGCAACCAUCACCAGAAACAUAGAAACAUCAAUUCGACCAAAACCAAGUUUCACAGGCAACCGACAGCAAUUCUUACAGAACUGUCAGUCCAGAACAUGGGAUGGGGUGGCAGCACUUUACCGAACGAAUUCAACUCUCGAAACUGGGCCAUUCGACAAGGAGCUUAUUCACGCCCUGCCGCCAACAUUGAGGUUUAUCUGUCUCAAUGGCGCGGGAUACGACGGGAUAGAUAUAAAAGCUUGCACUGUAAGGGGUAUACAGAUUUCUAAUACCCCAAAUGUUGCUGCGGAUGCCACGGCCGAUGUGGCCAUGUUCUUGAUGUUGGGCGCGUUGCGCCAGGCUAUGAUGCCUCUGGUAUCUAUUAGGAAAGGACAAUUUAAAGGCGAUACACCUCUAGACCGUGGCCCUGGGGGCAAGAUACUUGGAAUUCUGGGGAUGGGUGCUAUUGGACAGGCUAUUGUUCAUCGGGCUCGUGCAUUCGGCUUGAAAAUCAUCCAUCAUAAUCGUUCCAAGUUCCCUAUGGAUAAGGAAGGAGAUGUCGAAUAUGUGACGUUCGAUGAACUUCUGCGAUAUUCAGAUAUCAUCAGCGUUAAUUUACCGGCCAUAGAGAAAACUCGACAUAUCAUCUCAAAAGCCGAGUUCAAGAAAAUGAAAGAUGACAUGGUCAUUAUCAAUACAGCAAGGGGCUCAUUACUUGAUGAAGCAGCCUUAGUAGAAGCGUUGCAAACCGGCAAGGUAACGUCUGCUAGAUUGGAUGUUUUUGAAAACGAGCCAAUUAUCCACCCGGGUCUAUUACACAAGAGUAGAGUUAUAAUUCUACCUCAUAUUGGAACGACGACAAGUGAGACUUAG